UACAGGACAGGGUUAGUAAUUGGAACCACCUUCAGUCUGUACUAACAACUGAGCAAGUCGUGACAUCAGAGUGAAAGUGAAAGCAGACCAGACUGAAUGUUCACCUCAUCCAGGAAGUCAGAAGAGCGUAAAUACAAGCAGCUUUGACAGAAAACACAAAGUCUUCUUGGGAUAUGACUGAAUCAAACCCAAGAAGUAGCAGACUGAACAGCAUGGAAAGACCUGUUGCAUUUGCAGGUGAAUCCAGCAGCCUCCUGACUGAAGAGCAGUUACAGUGUUCUAUCUGUCUGGAUGUGUUCACUGAUCCCGUCACCACUCCAUGUGGACACAACUUCUGCAAGAGCUGCAUUACACAAUGCUGGGAUACGAGUGAACACUGCCAUUGUCCAUAUUGUAAAGAGAAAUUCACCAUAAGACCUGAACCCAAGAUUAAUAUAACACUGAGAGAUGUUGCAGAUCACUUCAAGAAUAGAAACAAAGAGCCUCCUGAGAGUUUGGAGGUUCUCUGUGAUGCCUGCACUAGUGUGAAGCAGAAGGCUGUAAAAUCCUGUCUGGAUUGUGGUGUGACUUUCUGUUCGUCUCAUUUAGAGCCUCAUAUUAAUAUUCCGAGAUAUAAGAAACACAAACUAAUAAACACAGUGAAGAACCUGGAGAUGUACAUGUGCCAGAAGCAUGAAAAACCUCUGGAGCUCUUCUGUAGAGAUGAUCAGAUGUAUCUGUGUCAGUUCUGCACUGAGGGAGAACAUAGGGAUCACAAUGUUAUUCUGUUAGAGGAGGAGAGUGGACAGAAGAAGAUUCAGCUGCAGAAAACACAGACAGAGCUGCAGCAGAUGAUCCAGGAGCGACUGAAGAAGAUCCAGGAGAUUAAUAACUCAGUAGAGCUCAGUAAAAGGAACAUGGAGAAACAGAUGUCAGACAGUGUUGAAGUUUUCACCGCUCUGAUUCGCUCCAUUGAGAAGAGUCAGGCUGAGCUGAUGGAGGUGAUGGAGGAGAAGCAGAAAGCAGCAGAGAAGCAGGCUGAAGGACUCAUUAAAGAGCUGGAGCAGGAAAUCGAGGAGCUAAAGAGGAGAGACACUGAGCUGGAGCAGUUCUCACACACUGAAGAUCAUCUCCACCUCCUAAAGAAUUACCCGUCACUGCGCAUCGCUCCACACACCAAGAACUGGUCUGAGAUCAGCAUUAACACUGACCUGAGUGUGGACGUUCUGAGGACGAGUUUGUCUCGGCUUCAGAAGACUCUGAAUGAGAAACUCAGUGUGACUCUGAAUGAGAAGUUGAGAGAAACAGUCUCCACAGAACUGAAGAGGAUUCAGCAGUAUGCAGUGGAUGUGACUCUGGACCCUGAUACAGCUAAUCCCCAUCUUGUCCUCAGUGGUGAAGGAAAACAAGUCAUGGAUGGAGACACAAAGCAGAAUCUCCCAGACACCCCGAAAAGAUUCACAUAUUACGCCAUGGUCCUGGGAAAGCAGGGUUUCUCCUCAGGGAGGUUUUACUAUGAGGUGCAGGUCAGAGGGAAGACUGAUUGGGAUUUAGGAGUGGUCAGAGAGUCUGUUAAUAGGAAGGGAGAGAUCGAUUCAUGUAAACCUCAGACUGGAUUCUGGACCGUGGUUCUGAGGAACGGGAACGAGUAUCAGGCUUGUGAUGAUCCCUCUGUCCCUCUCUCCCUGAGAGAAAAGCCCCAGAAAGUGGGAGUGUUUGUGGAUUAUGAGGAGGGUCUGGUCUCCUUUUAUGAUGUUGAGGCCAGGUCUCAUAUCUACUCUUUCACUGGUCAGACCUUCACUGAGAAACUCUAUCCAUACUUCAGUCCUUGUGUGAAUGAUGGAGGUAAAAACUCAGCACCACUGAUCAUCUCUCGUGUGUUAAAGACUGAUUAAAUUCUCACCUCAAUCAAUUAUAUUAAAAAUGACUGGAAUGAAAGACACUGGGUCUUAUUUAUCAGGUUUAAGUUGUGAAAAUGUUUUGUUGACCAAACCAAGAAAACAUUUCACUGCUCAUAAGCAUAUAGUGACACCAACAAAACUCUUUAAAUGGUCAAUCCCAGAGAGCUAAAAGUGUGAAAUGGCAAUAAAUCUGCUAACAGGAAAAUACUUUUCUCAGUGGAAGAAGUGAAAGUUUUUAAUAUAUGAAAAUAAUAU